GGAUGAAAAACAAAAACAAGACAGGACCGUCAAAAUCUCCUCUCCUCCAUCGCCGCCCUUUCCCUCUUCUUCAAAAUUAAUUAAUAAUUUGUAUAUUUUGCUUUUAGAAAACAGAAAACAGUAAACUCCAUUUCCAAUUGAGAAAACAAAAGAUCUAUAUAUAUCUAUAUAUAUCACUUCCUUUACACUCACUCUUUCCCCAACCAAGUAAAGGAGAGAGAGAGAGUUUUACAAAAUCUCGCGCGCUCUUUCUCUCUCUUUUGGAAUCAGCACAGUACAAUGCUAGAAUGAAUGGCUCAGUACAGGCAAUCAGGAGGAGCAGCAGCGGACAGGUUCCCCAAUCCACGUGGCGGCCAUUCACCUUCAUCGUCCAACGGCGGCGCCGGCGAUCACGUCUCCAUCGGGAUUCGCUCCACGCCGCUCCACCACCAUAAACCGUCUCGGGCUCGCCGCUCCGGUCGCUCCGACAAGUUCCGCCGGCGCGUCUCCGUGUGCGGCGUCGUUUUGAUCCUCUCGCUCGUUCUCCUCCUCACCGUCUUGGCCUACUAUUACCUUUCCAGAGACACCAAAGAAAUAGAUAGUUAUCUUGCUGAGAAUGAUGAUUUUCUUAGAAAUGUGACACGGACACAGAGGAAUGAAGUCAAGUUUGGCCAGGAUUCAGGUGGGCAUGGUCGAGAUUCAAGGUAUUGGGAUAGAGAUGAUAGAAGAAGGGAUGAAGAUUAUAAUGAAGAUGUGGUGGAGCAUUCUAGCAUGGACUCAAAUGAUGAAACUCAUAAGGGUGAUGAUCUGAUGAGAAUGAAGAAUAGCAACAAGAAGUCCUCUAUUGAUGAUUCUGUCAAGGGUUCAGAUCGGAGAGGCAUUGGAUUGUACAAUGAAGCUGGGCGUAAUGAGUUGAAAAUUUAUGAAGCACAAUAUGAGGCCUCUUUGGAGAAUGUGGGGAAAUUGUCUACGGAAAAUGAAAAUAAUAAUCAGCUAUUUGAUCCUGAGGAUUUGGGAAAGCAGGAUGAUGUAGCUGAAGCUUUUGAUGAGUAUGAUGACGGUUUUGAUUUUCAUGAUGCUCAAACGGAUGAUGACACUGGACAUGGGAAAGGGGACUAUUUAGAUGUAGUAAAUUCGCACAAUGAAGACAGUGGAGACUCUAGGGAGUCCUCUGAUUUUCUUAGUGCCGGAAGGAAGCAUCAGAAUGUGGCUGAGGAUUUGGAUGAAACCUUUACCAAUCCACAUGAGGAUUCUUCUUUAAACUCCCGAAAUAUUGAUAAAUCCAAGACAAAUUCCAGACAUGUUAAUUUCAUUGAAAAGCAAUCUACCAGGACACGUUCAGGUUCAAAAAGAAAACCAAAGCACCGCAAGUUCUCUGGUUCCUCUUGUGAGAUGAAGUUCUCAAACUCUACUGCUCAGCUUGUGGAGCCUUUAGCAAGUCGAAAGUUUGCAAGAUUUUCCUUGCAGUACACAGAAGUAGAGGAGAAGCCUGAUGGACAAGAGCAAUGGGAGCCCAGGUUUGCUGGACAUCAGAGUUUGGAAGAAAGGGAAAAUUCAUUUUUGGCACGUGAUCAGAAAAUAAAUUGUGGCUUUGUUAAAGGUCCCAAAGGAUCCCCAAGUACAGGGUUUGACUUGGCAGAAGAUGAUGCAAAUUACAUCAGUACAUGCCACAUUGCUGUAAGUUCUUGCAUUUUUGGAAAUUCAGAUCGCUUGAGGACGCCAACUGGUAAAACGGUGACUCGAUUGUCAAGGAAAAAUGUAUGCUUUGUUAUGUUCAUGGAUGAAGUUACUUUGAACACACUUUCUUCAGAAGGUCAAGUGCCAGAUAGAAUGGGUUUUAUUGGCUUAUGGAAGGUUGUAGUGGUGAAGAAUCUACCUUAUUCUGAUAUGCGAAGAGUGGGCAAAAUACCUAAAUUAUUGCCACAUCGGCUUUUUCCUUCUGCAAGGUAUUCAAUCUGGCUGGAUAGCAAAUUACGUCUCCAACUUGACCCUCUUCUUAUCUUGGAGUACUUCUUGUGGAGAAAAGGUCAUGAAUAUGCAAUUUCUAAUCACUAUGACCGUCAUUGUGUGUGGGAAGAGGUUGCACAGAAUAAGAAACUGAACAAGUAUAACCAUAGUGUCAUCGAUGAACAAUUUGCAUUCUAUCAGGCUGAUGGGCUGAAAAGAUUUAAUGCCUCAAAUCCAAACAAACUUCUCCCUAGCAAUGUACCUGAAGGAUCUUUCAUCAUUAGGGCACACACUCCAAUGUCAAACUUGUUCUCCUGUCUUUGGUUCAAUGAAGUUGAACGGUUCACUCCUCGUGAUCAACUGAGCUUUGCAUAUACACACCAAAAGUUGAGAAGGAUGAAUCCUGACAAACCUUUUUAUCUUAAUAUGUUCAAGGAUUGUGAGAGGAGAGCCAUAGCUAAGCUGUUUCAUCAUAGGUUAGAGGAAAAGCAUAGUAUUCGCAAAAGUGCAACGGAGUGAAAUAUGUGCUCAGCUUUUUAUUGGAAGUUAGAUUCUAUAUGUUGUGUUGGGCAAUACACUUCUUGAAUGCCUGGUGGGGCAAUGCCCUGUAAAGUUCUCAAUGUUGCACAAGUGCUGCUUGUGGAUGUGAUGCAUGAAAUUUUGUGAUUGAUGGAUGGGAAGAUUGUAGCAAAUGCAUAAUCUUUUAGGCAGUUAGCCUUUGUGGUGAGCUCAACAUUCUUCAGUUAUUUCAACUGGCUAUGUCCCCGUCGAAACUGAUAAAUGCAUUCUGUUUUAGUGUCCGCAUUGUAAUAAUUUUUUCCAUUAUUUUGGAUGCAAGCAAAGCACCCAGUAUUGGUAGCUAUUCUAUGUAUCUUACCUUCAUAGCACUAGUUUGUUGUUAUCUGUAAGAAAUUUUGUUGUCAGCUUGUAUGAUAUUUUGGUUAUUUUGCCA